AUGAAUGCUUCCUAUUUGAAUUAUCCACAGAUCGACAGCACAGUGAGAAGGGGAGAAGAAACAGAAGGCACUCUUGGACCGUUUCUCCUUUUCUUCAGGAAGGCUCUGGCCUUAGACGCAGUCCGUGUACAUGUUAACAUUGGCCCACGCUUGAGACAAGGCCUUCGAGUUACUUCGUGUGAAUACCGAGCCACUUCUCAAAGGACUUCAGUUUCUCAGUAUAUCACUGGUUCUCUGUUAGAGGCAACUACAUCUUUGGGUGCAAGAAGUGGCCUUUUAAAUACUUUUGGAGGAUCAGUAGGAAGAACAAUGCUGAAAGAACGUCAACCAUGUACCUCCAUGGCCAGUUCAACCAGCCUCCCUUCAAAUGUGGCUGGUCUAAGUAAUGAGCUUAUAGAACUUCAACACCUCAUCCAGUUCCCAGAAGAAGUAGCUUGUAUUCUGACUGAACAGGAGCAGAGUAUCUACCGACAAGUGUUGCCUGUGGACUAUCUUUGCUUCUUAACCAGGAACUUGGGAAAUGCUGAAUGCCAGAGUAAACUUCCAUGCCUCAAGGCUACGGUAUCUGCAUCUAUCCUUACUUCCCAGAACAGUGAGCAUAAUGCUCUGGAAAAUCUUGUAACAAGAUUUAAUGAGGUGAGUUCUUGGGUGACGUGGCUGAUACUCACAGCAGGCACCAUGGAAGAAAAACGGGAAGUCUUCUCAUAUUUAGUACACAUUGCAAAAUGCUGCUGGAAUAUGGGCAACUACAAUGCUGUUAUGGAAUUCUUGGCUGGCCUCAGGUCCAGGAAGGUUUUAAAGAUGUGGCAGUUUAUGGACCAGUCUGACCUUGAAACCAUGAGAAGUCUGAAGGAUGCAAUGGCCCAACAUGAAUCUUCCUCUGAAUACAGGAAAGUGGUGAACCGGGCUCUGAAUAUUCCUGGCUGUAAAGUGGUUCCUUUUUGUGGUGUCUUUUUAAAGGAGCUUUGUGAAAUUCUAGAUGGAACAUCUGGAUUUAUGAAACUUUGCCCACGAUAUAACUCACAAGAAGAAACUUUAGAGUUUGUAGCCGAUUACAAUGGACAAGAUAAUUUCUUACAACGAGUAGGCCAAAAUGGCUUAAACAACCCGGAGAAGGAAUCCACCGUUAACAAUAUUUUUCAAAUUAUCCGGAGCUGUAAUCGCAGUCUGGAACCUGAAGAAGAAGAAAGCUUUAGUGAAGGCAGCGAUUCAAGGAAAAACUCCUUGAAGGAUAAAACCCGAUUGCAGUUUAUAAUUGGAGAACUGUCUGAUUCAGAAAGUGAUAUUUUUGAGCAGGCAAAAGAAUGGGAUUUCCAUGGAACAGAAGAAGAGCAUAAAGCAUUCAACCAUGGGACAGAACUCAUUCCGUGGUAUGUGUUGUCUAUUAGAGCUGAUGUCCAUCAGUUCAUACUCCAAGGAGCCACCGUCAUUCACUAUGACCAGGAUACACAUCUAUCUGCACGCUGUUUUCUUCGGCUUCAACCUGAUAAUAGUACUUUGACCUGGAUAAAACCUACAACUGCCUCAUUAGCCAAUACUAAAGCCAAAUUAGGCAUCACGGGAAACAUAGCUGAGCCUAGCAAACUUCAAUCACUUGGCAAUACUGGAUUAAAUGGAUUGGUGGAAGGUUUCUUGGAUUUGUUUUCAGCCAAGGCUGUGUACAUGGGACAUCCUGGCAUUGAUAUGCACACUGUGUGUGUUCAGAACAAACUCAGUAACAUGUCCCUUUUAGAGAAUAGUGUGACACUGCUUUAUGGGCUUCAGACUACUGAUAAUAGAUUGUUACAUUUUGUGGCACCAAAGCACACUGCUAAAAUGUUAUAUGAUGGAUUAUUAGAAUUAACAAAAGCUGUAAGAAAAAUGAGGAAAUUUCCUGACCAGCGACAACAGUGGCUAAGGAAGCAAUAUGUCAGCCUCUAUCAGGAGGAUGGAAGAUUUGAAGGUCCGACUUUGGCUCAUGCUAUUGAACUGUUUGGUGGCAGACGUUGGACUACACGAAAUACAAGCCCAGCAACACUGUCUAAAAGUGUGGAGAAACCCGUUGUCCAAAGGAACAACACCCUUGGGAUAAGUGCAAAUAAGAAAAAGAAAAAAAUCCUUAUGAGGGGUGAAAGUGGAGAGGCUACUGAUGAUGAGAUGGCCACACGAAAGGCAAAAAUGUAUAAGGAGUGUCGUGGCCGCAGUGGCUCAGAUCCUCAAGACCUUAAUGAGCAAGAAGAAGCAGAUCAGAAUGCCAUCAUUAGUCUUUCUAAUAAUCUGCCCUCCAGAAGAGCUCACUCUUUGACUACAGCUGGAUCUCCUAACUUAGCUGCUGGAGCACCUUCACCAGGCAGACCACUCUCCUCACCUGUAUUGUCACCUUCAAGCAAGAGUCAGCCUAAUACAUGGAGCAGCAGUAGUUGGCACGGCCGAGUUAAAGGCGGACUGAAGGGAUUCCAAAAUUUCAUGGUUUCGGAUAGUAACAUGAGUUUUGUUGAAUUUGUAGAGCUGUUCAAGUCAUUCAGUGUACGGAGUCGAAAGGACCUCAAGGAUCUGUUUGACAUCUAUGCUGUGCCCUGCAGUAGAUUGGGCUCUGAGUCUGUGCCACUCUAUACAAACCUGAGAAUUGAUGAAAAUACCAGCGGCCUUCAGCCUGAUUUAGAUUUGUUAACCAGGAAUGUGUCUGAUUUGGGCCUGUUCAUUAAGAAUAGGCAGCAGUUAUCGGACAACCAGAGGCAGAUAUCCGAUGCCAUCGCUGCUGCUAGUAUUGUGACUAACGGUUCUGGAAUAGAAAGCACCACGCUCGGUGUCUGUGGGGUUGGCAUACUGCAGCUUAAUGACUUUUUAGUGAAUUGCCAAGGAGAGCACUAUACUUAUGAUGAGAUCCUCAGCAUUAUUCAGAAAUUCGAGCCUAGUGUGAGUAUGUGUCAGCAAGGUCUAAUGUCGUUUGAAGGAUUUUCCAGGUUUCUGAUGGAUAAAGAUAAUUUUGCUUCACAAAAUGAUGAAUCACUGGAGAAUGUUAAAGAAUUGCAGUUACCACUCUCCUAUUACUACAUUGAAUCUUCGCACAACACCUACCUCACAGGACACCAGCUUAAAGGAGAGUCCUCAGUGGAGCUGUAUAGCCAGGUCCUCUUGCAGGGCUGUCGGAGUGUGGAAUUAGACUGUUGGGAUGGUGAUGAUGGAAUGCCAAUUAUUUAUCAUGGACAUACACUCACUACCAAGAUUCCCUUCAAGGAAGUAGUUGAAGCCAUUGAUCGCAGUGCCUUUAUCAACUCCGACCUGCCCAUCAUAAUAUCCAUAGAAAAUCACUGCUCAUUGCCUCAACAACGAAAAAUGGCAGAAAUUUUCAAGAAUGUAUUUGGAGAAAAACUAGUUGCCAAGUUUUUGUUUGAGAGUGAUUUCUCUGAUGAUCCAAUGCUUCCUUCACCCGACCAACUUAGGAGAAAAGUGCUUCUUAAAAACAAAAAGCUGAAAGCGCAUCAGACUCCAGUGGAUAUAUUAAAGCAAAAGGCUCAUCAGUUGGCAUCGAUGCAAACACAGACCAGUAAUGGUGGUAAUGCCAAUCCUACCCCUGCUAAUAAUGAAGAAGAGGAAGAUGAGGAGGAUGAAUAUGAUUAUGACUAUGAAUCUCUUUCUGAUGACAACAUCCUGGAUGACCGACCUGAAAGUAAGUCAACUAAUGACAAAUUACAGUUUGAGUACAAUGAAGAAAUUCCCAAGAGGAUAAAGAAAACUGACAGCUCUGUUUGCAACAAAGGAAAGGUUUAUGACAUGGAACUGGGUGAAGAAUUUUAUCUUCCACAGAAUAAAAAAGAGAGUAGACAAAUAGCCCCAGAGCUUUCUGACCUUGUCAUCUACUGCCAAGCUGUAAAAUUUCCAGGAUUGUCAACUUUAAACCCAUCUGGCUCUAGCAGAGGAAAAGAAAGGAAAAGCAGGAAGUCCAUUUUUGGCAACAAUCCGGGCAGAUUAAGCCCUGGGGAGACAGCAGCAUAUACCAAAACAUCUGGAAAAAGUUCCUUUGAUGGUGUGCGGCAGACCUGGGAAGAAGUUUGUUCUCUCAACACAGCCCCGUCGCUCAGUGCUAUCAUUAGGACGCCAAAAUGCUACCACAUCUCAUCCCUGAACGAGAAUGCGGCCAAGCGCCUCUGCCGCCGGUACUCUCAGAAGCUGAUUCAGCACACCGCCUGCCAGCUGCUGAGGACGUACCCUGCAGCCACACGCAUUGACUCUUCCAACCCCAACCCGCUCUUGUUCUGGCUACAUGGGAUCCAGCUGGUCGCGCUCAACUACCAAACAGACGAUCUACCCUUACACUUAAAUGCAGCAAUGUUUGAAGCAAAUGGUGGCUGUGGUUAUGUUCUAAAACCCCCUGUCCUGUGGGACAAGAACUGUGCUAUGUACCAGCACUUUUCUCCGCUGGAAAGAGAUAUGGGCAACAUGGAGCCUGCUCUCUAUUCUUUAAGUAUUGUCUCUGGUCAGAAUGUGUGUCCUAGUAACAGCACAGGAAGUCCAUGUAUUGAAAUCGACGUCCUGGGAAUGCCACUGGAUAGCUGCCAUUUUCGCACUAAGCCCAUUCAUCGAAAUCCUCUUAACCCCAUGUGGAAUGAACAGUUUCUCUUCCGAGUUCAUUUUGAAGAUCUUGUAUUUCUUCGUUUUGCGGUUGUUGAAAACAACAGUUCAGCUGUAACUGCCCAAAGAAUCAUUCCACUGAAGGCUUUGAAAAGAGGAUAUCGGCAUCUUCAGCUGAGAAGCCUACAUAAUGAAGUCUUAGAAAUCUCUAGCUUGUUCAUAAACAGCAGGAGGAUGGAAGAAAAUUCCAGUGGCAGUGCUGUGGCAGCAUCCUUGAUGUUCAGCACAGAAGAAAGAAAAAAUCUGGAGACAUACAAGGUCACAGUACGUGGGAUUCCAGGUCCUGAGCCAUUUACUGUUUUUAUUAUAAAUAAAGAGACUAAAGCAAAGCAGCUUCUUCACCAAAUUUUGACUACUUCACAAGGUUCCAUACCAAUCACCACAGACUGCUUUUUGAUGGAAGAAAAAUAUUUUAUAUCUAAAGAAAAAAAUGACUUCAGGAAACAGCCAUUCCAGAGAAUAAUCAGUCCAGAAGAAGAGAUUGUGCAGAUUUUGAACAGCUGGUUCCCAGAAGAAGGUUAUGUUGGAAGGAUUAUUUUUAAAGUCCAGGAGGAACACCCAGAGGAGAAGAACAUCUUCCCGGAAGAGAAGGAGGUGACCUUGAGCUCAGAAGAUGAAAGCUUCUUUGUACAAGUCCAUGAUGUGUCCCCCGAGCAGCCCCGCACGGUCAUCAAAGCCCCCCGGGUCAGCACUGCCCAGGAGGUCAUCCAGCAGACUUUGUGCAAAGCAAAAUAUUCUUACAGUAUUUUGAGCAAUCCCAACCCAAGUGACUAUGUGCUUCUGGAGGAGGUGCUGAAGGAAUCUGCUAACAAGAAAUCUUCCACACCCAAGUCUUCUCAGAGGGUUCUUGGAGACCAGGAGUGUGUGUUCCAGGCUCAAAGCAAGUGGAAGGGAGCAGGGAAAUUCAUCCUUAAGCUAAAAGAGCAGGUUCAGGCAGCUCGAGAUGAUAAAAGAAAAGGCAUUUCCUUUGCUAAUGAACUUAAGAAAUUUACCAAGUCUAGUAAGCAGUAUCGAGGAUUCAUGUCACCCUCUCAGCUUUCAGUAGCAGAAAGUGUCCAGGUGAAGGAAGAAAAACCUGUGGGCAGCUUCUCUUCUAAUGACACGAUGCACCAUCACCCAUGAGCACCUUCAGUUUGUUCCAUCCAGGUGCAGUGCCCUUCUUACGUGGAAAAAACAAAAUUAAAAAGCAGACAGCAGGAAGUACACGGACAGUUUCUGAAUGGAGACUUUCUUCUACUGACAGCAUUCAGUUCUUGCUGCCUGGUCCCCCUCCAUCUUCCUGAGGAAGGCAUGUGCAGGUCAGCGGGACAUCUGCACCUGUGCCACAGGUUACAAUCGUCAGAGAAAGGACUAUGCUCCUUACACUUUCCUUGAUGCAGAGAAGUGGAUUUAGAGAAUACCAGUGUCUAUCACUGCACAUUGUUUGACUAUCUGGCAUCACUAGGCAUUGCAAAUGUGAAUACAGCUUUUAGAAUGACAGCAUGUUGUAAUGAGUGGCCUUUGCAGGAGGCCGGAUUCGGAGGUUCAAGGCUGCUGCAGUGAGCCUGGCUUCCCGGCAGCCUUACACUCUUGGUCUUGGUCGAGGUUCCUUUUCUGUGUCAGGGGGAGUGACAAAUACAUGAGUACAUUUCACUGAAUGUAUCACUGUUCCAUUCCCUCUCUUUCUAGUUUUUCCUCACAGAAUCUUAGAUGGUAUAACACUAAUUAAUUUAACAUAUCUACUGACCUCUUGACAAAAGGAACUUUUUAGCAAAACUAGUUUUUCAACUCUGUGUUUAAAGUAAAAUUAUUUAUUUUAUUGACCCAAGGUAUGUACUGACACUGUAGUGAUAUAUUUAUUAUUCAUGGGCUUUUAUAUCUCCUUCAUAUUAGAAGAGUAUUAUUUAGGGAUUCUGUUAGAAAAUUUCCUAAUAAGAAAAAUCCUAUUCUGAACAUUUGAAAUUGGCCAAAACGUAAUGCAAAAAGUUUUGAUACCAUUUCUGACAACAUAGCAAAUGUUUAUCCAAGACUGAAUUUAAAGUUCAAUAUAAAUUUUGAAACUUUUGCUAUAGAAAAGAAAGGCACAGAGAAGAGAAAGGAAGAGAAAAUCAAGGCAUAGCUUGACCUCAGUGCAUGCUGUCAAGCAGCAAUUUGGAUAAUUGUGCUUCUCCUGUUGGCUGAAUUCUAAUUUAAAAUAAGUAUCCCCACGGGAAAAAUGGGCAACAACAUAUCUCAUUAAAAUGACACUCAAGAAGCCUAAUCUUCUCAUCAGAGAGCUCUGCAUGUCAGUCCUCAGUGUAGUCUCCAGGCACUGAACUCUCCUAAGUCAUCCUGUCUGUGCCUGGGUCCUCAACACUUUCAUUCAAAGAGUAAGUUAUCAAAAUGUCUCAGUCGCAGCUGAAUUCCCUCUCGUAGCUCAUCCCUGGACUCUAUGAACUGUGAGGGCUGAAGCAGCCAAACUGGUUGGAGAAGACAACAGGGCCUCCUGUUUACAUAGUGCUCUUCUCCUAAUCCCGUCAGGAAGUGACAGGUCUGCUAUUCUCAUUUUUAGGCAGAGGAAACCAUGACUCAUGGAGUCUGCAGUCCCACCAGGACCAGCUCCUUCUCUUUUCAGCCGGAGCAAAAAAAAGUUUUUCCAAAUUUCUGUUUUAGAAGUGAAAUUAUUUAUUGACCCAAGGUACAUGGUAACACUGUAGUAAUAAUAUUUAUUACAUAUGGCUUCAUCUGGGAACAGAACCAACUGUAGCAGUUCAAUGGUACGAUAUACGUACACAGUCACGUACACUAAUCACAUCGGAUGCUAAGUUCAUGACAUAAAAAGGGAUGCUAUCUAUUCCUUAAAAUAUAUCCCUCAUCAGAGAACUCUUAUCAAACUUCAGUAAAUAGUAACUAAAGCUGUUGGUUCAAUUGCAGUCAUUGCUCAUUAAUGUUUGUAGGGGGCUCAUUGUCUGUCUGAUGUGUGGCAUUUACUAUAGCCAGUACCCCUAUAGUUUCCUAAUAGUUUUGUGGAGUGGUGGUCACUAAGGAAAUGUGAAUAUCUAAGUUAAUCUAUCUAGAUUCUUAAAUUGACUAAAUGUAAAAGCAAAAUUGUACUAAGUAUCUGAAAAGUAAAGUCAACUGCUAUCCCUUUUCCAUUUAAUGGUGUUAUAUACUUAUAGUCAACUUUCUCUAGAAUACAUAUUCUGUGUACUAGUUGAAAAAUAAGACCUCUGAUGCUUAACGUAAGUUACAUAAAAUUGUCACACUGUAAAUCAAGAUGUUUUUUCUUCCUGUGAAUGAUCCUAGAACUUGAGAGUGGGUCUGUUUUUCAUCUUCGUAGGAAUCUGGGUCACAGGCUUAUGUGAGGUGUGAGCAAAUGAGAAGAAAGUGAACACGAAGCCAAGUGCAUCAAAGACUCUUAGGAAAAUCACCAAAAAUACAACUAUGUGCCCUCACAAGUAACACUACAAAACAAUGAAGGCCAAAUCUGAGUAAGGCAUUAGUUCUAAAGAUCAUGUGCAGAAGUCCAUAAAGAAAAAUGUUUGUGUAAGAGUCCUCUCUUGAGGCUAGUUCUACUUUUCAAAUGACAAAAGGUCAGUAAGCACAAGAAGGCCUUUUAUGGCAUCAAAGCCUCUCUGGAAGCUUCUCAUUAAAUCCUAGGCUGCAAGUAGCACAUCUGUAGCACUGGGGACUCUAUAUAACUCCUCCUAUUUUCUACAAUUCAUGCUUAAAAGUUUUCCCCAAAUGACUUAAUCAUACUUUAAAAAAAAUUAAAUAUUUAACAACCUUUUUAAACUUCUUGUGCUAAUUUAUUCAAACUGAAAUCAUCGAGAGUCAUUUGCCAGGAAUGUUUCCUUUAUCUGCCUUUUGAUGCUUAUAGCUGACUAGCACCACUCCCUUCCCCUUUGAGUUUUUUUUAUCUUCAGCAACAAUGCUGAAGGUCCUUGAUGAACAAACACCCUGUGCAACCUCCCCCCAAAAAAAGGCUAGAGGAUAUUUUUUCUUGCAAAAAUCCAAAAUUUAAUGCAUUCAUCAAGUACAUCACUGGUCCAAGAACAUUAACACUACAAAUCAGCACCACAGGAUGAAGGAACUUUCCAUUUCCCCUCAAAUUACUCAUCAGAAAUGAAAAUAGUACAUAGUAUUCCAUUUCAACACUUAUCUUUUUAGUAUAUUACUAGUAGUUCCGGCAUACCUUUAUUUUAAGAUAAUUCUUACCUGGUGACCCAAUACUUUAACAAGGCUAAAUUAAAUCAGGCAGUUCAAAUGCAAUGCCAGGUCAGCUUUUAAUUUUCAUGUUGGAAAACAGUAGGAUUUAUAUUGUUAGUCCUCCACUCUAGCCCACAAUCUCCCACCCUCCCACCCCAUCCAAAUCCUACACUCAUCCUUUAAGGCUCACAUCCUCUACGAAGCCUCUCCCAACUACUUAAGGCUACAAUCAUUGCUCACUCACCUGAAGUCAAUUCAAAUUCACAAACAGUAAGUACCCCUUAUAUAUGUGAAAUACACUGUGCUUAGAUACCCAAGGAUACAGUUUCUGGCCUCAAAGGGCUUACCUCAUACUAGAAGAUAAAUAUAUCACUAGAUCUCGUUCAUACUUCUCACUUGCACUUAAGAGAAAUGCUUUACAUCAUCAUCUGGUUCACAUCAAGGUGUUUGCGUCCCAACGAUAUUUUAAGCUUAAGGGCCCAGAUCUUACAAUUGUGUCUCUUUUCCCUUUUAUCAGGCCCUGGCCCAUGCUCAUAAUAGGUACUCAAACCUUACUGAACAGAACAAUUAAGGUGGUUUCAGAACACAGCCUCUCUACGCAUAAAUAUGUUAAUAUUUAUCACCUAUUAUUUUGCUGUAAUCCUUAUUAUGACAACUCCUAGGGUAUUCAGUGACACCAGUUAGACAACACUGUGUUCCCAGUGUACAUCUCAAAACAUGUCACACACCGAGAGCAUCCAUUAGGGAUGCUUUAUAGAGUUGGGAAAUUUUCGUACAUUGAGUUUCUAUUAAAUUUUAAAACUGAUUUUUCACCUUAACUGUUUUCUGCCAAUUUGAAGUACAAUUGUAUAUGUAUAUGUUUGAAAAAUAAAUGGUUUGUGAUGUC